AUGCUGGAGCUGCCCUUCCUCCCUUUCUGCUUCCUCCUGAGCAUCCUGGGCUUGCUCUGCGUGGCUUUUGUCGCCACUUGGUUCCAGCACUGGCACGGUGGCUUCUCCUGGGAUGGCAGCAACCAGACCUUCAACUGGCACCCAGUGCUGAUGGUGACAGGCCUGGUGGUGACCUACGGCGCAGCUGCCUUGGUCUACCGUUUGCCCUACACCUGGAGAGGUCCUAAGCUCCCUUGGAAGGUUCUCCACGGCUCCCUGGCCCUCCUAGCCUUUGGGCUAGCAGUCCUGGGGCUAGUGGCUGUCUUUCGCUUCCACAACGUGCACGGGACGGCCAACAUGUACUCGCUGCACAGCUGGGUGGGCUUGGCCACUGUCCUGCUCUUCUCCUGCCAGGUGGGUGCUGUUCCAACCCCUUCCUACAUCCGGGCUCUCUACAACCCCAUCCACGUUUUCUUCGGCUCCACCAUCCUCAUGUUGUCAGUGGUUUCCUGUGUCUCGGGCAUCAAUGAGAAGCUUUUCUUCAGCCUGAAGAAUGGGACAACAGACUACAAGCUCCUCCCUGCCGAGGCUGUCUUUGCCAACUCCCUGGGGCUCCUCAUCCUCCUUUUUGGGGUGCUGGUGGUGGGUGCCCUGGCCAGGCCCAGCUGGAAACGCCCUGAUGCCCAAUCCCUGGACUCUUCCCAG